UACUUAGACGUGACGAUCGUUGACAGGAUCGUUUCACUUUUAGUCGAGCUCAACAAAGAUGUAGCGGAGAAACGUUUUCGCAUGAUCCUUGAGGAAGGUGCGAGAGUUCCGGUUGACUUUGACUGGGCGAAACCAGAAUUGCCGCCAUAUUAUGACAAGAAAAAAUAUCAGAUGGGUCAACAGGCCUUUUGCAACAAUUUUUUUUCGAUGAUGAUCGGGAAACUGUCCGGUUUGGUGUCCCUUUAUUCUAUUAAGAGCAUAUUGGACGUGAUAAUGUACACUAAACAAAGCCAUAUUCCUUGCUUGGCUUAUCGCAGGUACGCGAUGACGAUUUUUCAUGUACUCGUUUGGCUCGAAGAGGAUCCUGAGAAGUCCAAGGAAUUUCUAAAAUCUUUGAAGAUCGUACGAAAGAAGCAUUGUGUCGCAUUCAAAAAAAGCACCGAGGCUGGUUUACAGCGGCCAACGCAGUUGGACAUGUGUCUUACUCAGUUCGGAUUUAUUGGAUAUAUCUUAAUCGGCACUGAGAAUCUAGGUAUCAAGGUCACUCACGAGGAAAUGGAAGGCUUGGUCCAUGUCUGGAGGAUCAUCGGGAGCAUGCUCGGGAUGGAGGAAAAAUUCAAUCUUUGCUCGGGAACAGUUGAGGAAGCACGUGGUCUUUGCCAAAAUAUAUUGGAUAAGGUGUUCAUACCAGCUUUGACAAAUAAAAAUGAACACUUUGACUCGAUGAGUCAGGCGAUGCUGGAAAGCUUGUCGGCCAUGAGUUUUGCCAUCCAACCACAAGCGUUCAUCAUGUUCACAUAUUACUUGGCAUCUAUAUCUGCGUCCAAUAAUAAUCACUCCAUCAGAAUAGAUACUUCGGGCAUGUCGUUUUACAACUGGUACCUAUUCAAUCUGCAAUGUUUCGUGCUAAAGUACCUGAUGCGACCUAGUGCUUGGUGGUCCUCGUUUUUCCGAGCGAUAUACAAUAGUAUGUUGCAACUCUCUUUAAUUAUUGCGAAGAAAUAUCCCUACUUCUCCACCGCUAAUUGGAGAUAUGGCGAAAAGUAUUCUGAUGUCAAUAUCUUCCGUUAUAAUUUCGAUUAAACGGAAAAGAAAUUGAAAGUUGCAUCAAAAUUGACGCUUAAUCAAAGUAGAGAACUUUGAAACAGUUAUACGUAAUCAACUUAUUAUAUAAGUAUAGGAUAACGGAAUCAACUUAUUGUAUAGGUACUUAUUGUAUACGUAUAGGAUAACGUAGAUUUCCAUAAAAAGAGAAAAAAACAAAAUAAUACGCGUCCAUUUACAUUUACUGAUAUAUCAUUAUAUAAUUUUAUGGAAAUAGAAGAAUAGAAGACACGCUCAAUAACGCAUAUAUAAUAACUUGAUAUGACUUAUUGUAAUACGUAACAGUAUAAUUAUAAGAAUUAUUACGGCACAAUGAGCUUCCAAUUUACAGUACCUGAAGAGAAGAGAAGUAUUGGAUGUGACAUUACAUUAAGUUGUUAAUUGCAAUGUCCGAAUACUUAUAAAGUAUUCAAUGUUUGAAUACUUUAUGAAAUGUUUAUAUCAUAAAUGACGUUAUUAUUUCCUAGACGAAACAAGCUUUUAAAAAAUAUCUUAAAAAGACGUUUUAGACGUCCUUUAGAUAUUUUUCUGAAUUUUAUUUGUUAACAUAGUUCAUAAGAAUUUUAAGAAAUCACGAAAAAAUAUAAAAAGUGCAUUUCGUUAUAUAAACGUAAAAUCUAUACUAAAUCUACACUCUUAUUAUACAGAAUACUUUGGAAUAAAAGAAUCGCCAGUUCGAUCGUUUACAAGUUACAUACUACAAGCUAUGAAAGCAUCUCGUCCCUUAAUAAUCGAGAUUGGACUUUCGACAUCGCGAUUAUAGAUAUUUCAUUUCGACGAAAUAAAUCACGCAAAACUUUAAUUAGUUAAUUAUAACAUAAGUUAGAUGCUUUGUAUAUAUAUUAUAUUAUUAUUA